GCAUGAUGUGUCCGUCUGACGCAGUCAGUUUCAUCCUGCCAUGCCGCGCGAGGACGCCCGCAGUCCCCAAGCCGUCACAGUCACUUCCAAUAGCGCGAAUUUCUGGCGAUUCAUCUCCGUCGUCUUUAUAGCUGCUUUUGCUGCAGUAACUUACUUUGUAUUGAGAAAGCCUAUCGACACUUUGGGGGACCCAUCUGACCAAUUCAUAGUCAAACACGUUCCUAAAUUAUACAGCCGCCCAGAACGACUGGAGCCUGAGGAACGGGACGUAUUUCAGGGGUUCCGCACGUCGUUUUUACCUCCAGAAGAACUCGUGCUAGCAAGAAGAGAAGGAAGCUCGAAAGCAGUUUAUGAAGGCAAUGUGACAAGUGAUAUUCUGAUCUGGGACAGCUCUUUAAAGAACCCUGGUAAUCCUACAAGAGUCAAACGCAAGAGUCACUUCAGCUUUACUUCUGAAGAUUAUGAUAGCCACGAAAACCGUCGCAAACCCAAAAGCGAAGCGAAUCAUGACGAUUAUGACGAUAUUGACGAUGAAAGUGAACUCGAUGAUUACUAUGACGAAGAUAAGUCUGAUAACAGUCAUUCGUAUGAGGACGAUGACGAUGUAAAAAGAAUACAUACUAAUGGAAAGUAUAUUGAAUUAAAAAGUAUAGUACCAGAGAGCCACGUUGAUAGAGGACCUUUAGACGAUGUCAUCGAACAAGUUCGCGGCCAGCCAGAACUGGAAGAAGAAGAGAUGAUCUCAUCUGCUCAUGUUUACAAGCCUUCCAAAAGUAUCUCAGGAAUACACUCCUUUUGGAAAGGCCAAGGUGACAGAGAAAGUAUAAGAACGACGCAAGCUAAUAUAAUGAAACAAUAUAUGGACGCCGAAGCCGAUCCAUGCCAUGACUUCUAUCAAUACGCUUGCGGGAACUGGGCGGUGUUAAACCCCAUUCCAGCCGAUAAAGCGGGGUACGAUACUUUUGAAAUACUAAGAGAAAACUUAGACGCAGUUCUGAAAGACUUACUAGAAUUUAAACCAUCUGAACACAUCACUAGCAAAUAUCCCGGAGCUCAUCUUGAUAUUAAAGACAAUUUCAUAUGCAAAAUCAAAAACAAAGAGCAGGACGUCAAACAGGACUCGGGCAAAUUUAAAAUUAAAGAACCAGACUACAACAAGGAUACAGAUUUUAACAGACUUUUGGAAAGUAUUCUUAGAGAAAGCUCUAAAGAUCUUUUUAAUAAAACUUCUUCUAAAAGUGAUCUUCGUGAAAAAACAGAAAUAGUAAAUCGCAUACGUAGAUAUUUGGAUAAAAAAUCGAAACGCAUCCUGAAACCAUUUUCUAACAUUAGAAACAGUUUUCUGAAACACAAUGGAAAAACUAAGCGAAACAAACUUAUAACAAGAAGAUUUAAACGACAUGCUAAACGAAGAACCAAUAAUUUUCGAAAGCGUAAUAGAAAUGAAAUUAAUCGAAAAUAUUUAAAACGAAAAAAUAUCGGCAGGAAACUAUUAUCGUAUCAGAGUUCUGAAUCAAACAAUAACAGAAUUACGAGAGAAAGUCCAAACAAAGGUGGUCAGAAAAUCGAAUUCAAUAGUGAUGAUCCUGCUAAAGGAGAUGCUGCCCUAAAAGCUAGAUUUUUAUUCCAAUCCUGUAUGAAUUACGACAUCCUAAAAAAACGUGGCCACCAACCACUAUUAGAUUUAUUGGAUAUUUUGGGUGGAUGGCCAAUACUGAAUUCUCAGUGGAACUCAAGCAACUUUGAUUGGCUUAUGCUCAUGGCAAAGCUACGUUUAUACAAUAAUGACAUUUUAAUAUCUGAAUGGGUCGGACCUGAUAUAAAAAAUUCUGAUGAAUUUAUCAUUCAAUUCGAUCAAACUAGCCUAGGUCUACCAACAAGAGAUUAUUUUCUUCAAGACUCUAACAAAAUAUAUCUGGAGGCGUACAAAAAUUAUCUAGUUAAAAUUGCCACAUUACUUGGUGGAAAUUUACUACACGUUCAAAAAAGUGCGGAUGAACUGAUUGAUUUCGAAAUCAAAUUAGCAAAAAUAACUUCAACCCCAGAAGACAGACGAAAUAUAUCCGAGCUGUAUCGAAGGAUGCCUCUUCGGAAACUUGAGGAGCUGGUUCCUGAGGUCCAGUGGACACGAUACCUGUGUAUAGUCAUGAAUCGCACAGUACAUUCUGAUGAAACUAUUGUACUAUUUGCUCUCAACUACGUCAGGCACUUGGUCCAAUUGAUAAAACAGACGGAACCCAAUAUAUUGUCAAAUUACUUAUUGUGGCGGUUCGUACGACACCGGGUGAACAACCUCGAUGACAGAUUUCAAUCGGCAAAACAACAAUUUUACUUCAUAUUGUUUGGACGAGAACAAGCACCACCAAGGUGGAAAAAUUGCAUAUCACAAGUAAACUCUAACAUGGGCAUGGCGCUAGGAUCGAUGUUUGUCCGUCAAUAUUUCGACGAGAUGAGUAAAAAUGAUACCCUGACUAUGACCAGAGAAAUACAACAAUCUUUCAGAGAACUACUAAGCAUGAUUAAUUGGAUAGAUGACAAGACAAAAAGUCUAGCAGCGCAGAAAGUAGACGCGAUGAUGCUUAGAAUUGGCUACCCUGACUUUAUUCUCAACAAAAAGGAAUUGGACGACAGAUAUAGGGAAGUCAAGAUUCAUCCUGAUAAGUUUUUUGAAAAUAUUUUGAAUAUUCUACAGCAUUUGACGAGAAUGGAACAAUUACGCAUCGGGCAGCCGGUAAACAAGACUCUCUGGAACAGCGCGCCGGCUGUGGUCAACGCGUACUACAGCCGCAACAAGAACCAGAUCAUGUUCCCAGCCGGGAUCCUACAACCACCCUUCUACCACAGACAUUUCCCAAGGUCGUUGAACUACGGCGGCAUUGGCGUUGUCAUUGGUCAUGAAAUCACCCAUGGUUUCGAUGACAAGGGUCGGUUGUUCGAUUGCUACGGCAACCUUCACCGCUGGUGGUCUGAUUCAGCUAUAGAAGCCUUCCAUCAGCGAGCGCAGUGUCUUAUCGAUCAGUAUGGUCAGUACGUGGUGCCUGAGGUCAACAUGAAGCUAAAUGGAGUUAAUACACAGGGUGAGAAUAUAGCUGAUAAUGGCGGAGUGAAGCAGGCUUUCAGGGCAUAUCUUCGGUGGCUGAAGAAACAUGGAUCUCAGGAUGAAACGCUGCCAGGCCUUAACCAUACACACACACAAUUGUUUUUCUUGAAUUUUGCACAGGUAUGGUGCGGUGCAAUGCGUCCCGAAGCGAUGCGGAACAAGCUGAAGACAGCAGUUCAUUCCCCGGGCAGGUUCCGGGUCAUAGGGACCCUGUCCAACUCACACGACUUCGCCAAGGAGUUCAGGUGUCCCCCCGGCUCGCAGAUGAACCCCGUUGAGAAAUGUAACGUGUGGUAAACGAAAACUAUGGUCAUAGUCGACUUUCACCCGAAAAAUUAACUUGAGAAGCCUCUUAAAACCUUUUUUUUUCCAAAUAACUAAUGUGCAUAAUUUUGCUAGUUCAUCACAUGUAUAUAUACUGAUCAUUUUAAUUUAUCUAUAAUCUUUCAAAUAGUACUGUUUACACUUACAUUGUAUCUAAGCUUACCACUAUACUUGCGUGACCAAAGAAAGUUUCAUUUAGUGAUUUGCCAUCAAAAAGUUAUUUAUAUUAAAUAUGCCUACCAUACCACUUAGAUCGGGGCCUCAAAUUUGGACCUACUUGGGUUUUAACAUCAUGGUGAAAAUAAACAAUACUCAUUUGUAUUUAGGUAUAUAAGUAUUGUAACUAUGUUUGAAAACGUGGUUUCUGUGAAUCGCGCUAACUUCAGCUAGAUUAACCUUAGAAAAGUGUUAUAUAUAAAUUUAUAUACCUAUAUAUACAUACGGGUUUUGUUAAAAUAUCUUAGUUUUUAAGUUUGUAUUGUGUAACCAGUCACUUUUUAGUUUUAUAUGAUGUACCUCUAUUUGUGAUAGCUCUUAGAUAUUAAAUAAAAUUUAUUUAUUUUCGAA